AUGAAUAAAUUAAAAUUACGUGAGAAGAAAGAAGAAAAUGCCGUCGAUCCGGAUGAAACACUUAAAGAUGAAGAUGAAAGAAAUGAUGGCCAACGAGAAAAUGAAGGAAAUGUGUGAGUAUUCAAUAAAUUUGUUAAAAUAUUGAAGCAGGAACAGUUAGAAGUGGAGUUUUUUUCUGGAAAGCGAGAAGUUUUUCUUUUGUCUCGCUCUUACAUUAUGCUUCCAUUUAUUGUCUUUUCAGAGAAAAUUUAGUAGGCGACACUAAGACUGAUACAACAACAACAACUAUGAAUGUUAUGAAAGAAAAUCGAUCUGAGCCGUUAAAAAUCGCAGUAAAUAUGCAUCACUAAACAUACAUACCGAGCGAAAUAUUUCUGUUGCUUUUUUAUUUUUAGAAUGAAUCUGCAUCAGCAACAAACAAAGUGGAAAACUUUGAUGUCAACGAUUUAACGGUAAGUACAAUGUCUUGUUGCUCUAUUAUAAUUUUAAAUGUUUCAAAAACGUCUGGUAUUUUCUGUUCUUUAGGAGAAAUUUAAAGAUUUGGGUACUGAAGAAAAAGCAACUUCAUCUUGGUAUCAUUUUAUUGUUCGACGUCAUACGAGUCAAAAGUGUAACAAAGACGAUUUUGAACUCAUUAACAACCUGUUCGGAGAGAACCAAAAUAUUAAAAGUCUGAUCGAUAUGUAUCAAAUCAAGGAUGAAGCCAUCAAUCCAUAUGCGUUGAGCCUUAACCAAAUUUGUCGUUCUGGUACAAGUGUCAUUGAAGUAACGACUCAAAAUGCAAGCACAUGCUUUAAUAAAUCAGUAUUCCAUACUUGCGGUGUUUAUGCAUGGGAAAUAAAACUUACUAAAAGAAAUAUGAAAAAGUUGCUCAACCAGUGGGAGUUGGAAAACAAAAAAGAAAAAGAAAAAAAAGGGGGCAUUGGUUUUAAAUGGUUCAUUUAUUUGCAGUUUCAAAAUGCCCUUAAAGAAUAUCCACAAUUGAAUGAGUUUAGCCUUCUUUACAUCGGGCAAACUACACGUACAGUUCGUGAAAGAUUUAUGGAAGAAUACACUCAAACGUACAACGGUCAGCCAAGUAAUCAAAGCACAUUAAAUUAUUUCUUGGGAGAAUUAUCCAAACAGCUUCACUAUCCCAUACGAGUGUGCUUGCUUUCAAGAAACGGCACACCAGAAAUGGAAGGAGUCGUGGGAAAAAUACUCAAUAUUCUUCCAGGUUCUUUUAAAGAAACAGCCAAUGCAAUUAAUCGGGAAAAACUGGGGCGUCGUUGAUGAAAUUUGAUACACGUAAGCAACAGAACAUAAAUAAUAUUAGAGGCUAUCACAUUUUGAGCAGGUAUAUAAGGAUUAUUUCAUUGUGAAUAAUAUAAAUGCUUAGUUUUUCAAAAAAACAAAACGAGACUAUAUCUGUUCUUUUUCUUCUUUCCCUAGUAUUUUUUUUUCUUUUCAGCUAAUUCAACAUCAACAAAAACUUACAUCAUUUCACCAUCAAAGCAACAACAAAAAUCACAAGAAGAAUACGAAAUUGGUCCAUUCAACGUAACUUUUUGUUGCGUUUCAUGGGUUGUGCUCAGUUUUUUGUAACAUCUUAAAAGAAUUGAACACAAAUAAACAUCAUGACACAAAACAAAUUUUAUAUAGAACGUGAACUAGUUAGUUUGCACCGCUUACCUUGAGCUCGUUCUGUGAUUUUGAGUUCUUGUCUUCAAUUUCUUUUCGUAAAAUGCAAAUGCAAAUGCAAGUCGCCUCCCCGACAAUCUACUAAAAUAUACUAUAUUUAUUUUAAAGAAGCACAGAUGCAACAAAUUACCGAAUGAAUAACGGUCGUCUCUAUAACGACGAAAGCAAAGCUGUCAGCAUUUUUUUUUCGCCUCUCUUGACACUCAGUUCUGACGAGAAGGGAGAAAGUGCGUAUUUUAUCGCAAAAAGAAGGAAAAAAAAGCGUUAUUCUUCUUUUUUUUUUCCUAUGCUGUUCUCAUCAACAUUCAUUUUCAUGAAGAGCUUUAAUAUGACGCAGUCAAGAUUGCAUUGUAUUGAGUUGCUAUGAAAGCGUUUUUUUCUUUUCUAUUUGCAUAAUCGACAGAAAAGAAAGUCAGAACCGCCGAUGUUGAUGGAAGUGCAUAUUAGACUCAACUGAGCUUUAGAGCUAGAAAAUUUACUUGAAACUCAAGGAUUAGGCUAUACGUUUAGAAAAAUCCUUUGCACUAUAGUGUAAAACAACUAACGAUUUAUACAUAAUAAAUAGCCUGCAUUCAAUUUCAAUUUUUGAUCGCUUAGUACAUUACAUUAAAAAGCAAAAUAUAUCACAAGACACAACGUGACGAGCUCUACAAUUUACAAAGAACAGUUAUUUUAUAUAUGAAUCUAUUUUUUGCAAAAUGGACAAAACUCUGCGAUCAGUUUUUCACACUAUGAACAAGAUUAUUUAUGCAUACACGGCGAAUUCUGUUUCUCAUUUCAUUUAUUAAUGAAUCAUAAUUUUUAACUGUAUCUGAUUGCGUAUUGUUGGUGACAUCGUUUCACACGUAAUAUGAGCAGCUCCUUCAUUCCACUUUGAAUGUAAGUCAGGAUUUAGAAAAUCUCAGCAUAUAAUACUUUCAAUAAGUGACUUAUUGCCAGUUUCUCAUAAUUAUGACUCCCCAUGUAAAAUAAAAGAUGUCUAAAAAUCAGAUUAUAAUCUAUCAUUACGACACUAUUUUAAUCUGAUUAAAAUCAGAGUUUUCAGCAUUAAAAGAAAAAACAUUUUGAUUUUAGUCCUUUUUAAUCAAUUUUAAUCAAUUUAAAAAAAGCUUGUUAGCGCAGCUCCUGCGGAGCUGAAAUGUGGAACUCACGUAUACCUUUAGCUUUGUUACCUGACGCAUCAUCUGUAUACUGAAAGACUUCUCAUCAACUAUAGUUGUUUUCGUUGAGAAUCGAUGAAAAGAGCAGGAAUUUAUUAUUUAUUUGUAUAUUAAAAAAAUAUAUUACAAAAAGAAGAUAUUUUUUUUUCAUUUAAGCGCGCUCGAUUUCAUUUAUAAUUAUUGCUAUAUACUCGAUAAUAAUCUUUUUUUUUGUUUUCUAAUUUCAAGUUAUUUUUCUCCACCAUCGACUAUUUGGUGAAUACGGUUGUCGCAGUCUGUAAUGGGGCGGGAUAUAUGUAUGUAAUGUUCUUUUUUGGUUGCUUUGGUCUGUAAGGGG